AUGUCAAAGAAAAAUUCCAUAUAUAUCAUAUUGUGGUUUUCAAUUCAAUUAUUAAGUAAAGUAAACUGUCAAACGACUCCUAUUAAUCCAUUAGAACGAAGCAGCCACACCGCUACACUUAUUGAUAGUAAACUAUAUUUCUUAGGCGGUCGAAAUGAUAAGAAAAUUGGAAGUAUUAAAAGUGAAUUUGUUUAUCUUGACGUCUCUGUUCCAUUUAAUACUCAAAAUAUAAUAUUGCAUGACUUACCAAGCAUUAAUACAGUUCCAUCACAUUAUUCUGCUGCAUCUGUUAAGGGUGGUGCAAAUAAUAAAACUUUGUUUUUAUAUGGAGGAAUACCUUAUAAAAGUAAUGAAGUAACAAUGUCUUUAGUUUAUACAUUUGAUACUCAAAGUUAUUCAUGGAGUAUUCCAAAUAUUACAGUUGACAAUGUAAUUAGAAAAGAAAAUUUAAAAGGCAUCGUUGAUGAUAAUGGGAAAUUUUAUUUAUUUGGUGGACGAUUUAAUGGCACUAUUCUAAAUGACAUGCUUAUAUUAGAUACAAUAAGUUUGAAAUGGGAUAUAGGAAGUUCAAUUAAUGCGCCUUCUCCAAGAUGUGUUUAUGGCGCUGUUUAUGUCUCAAAGCAUUACAUUGUUUAUUUAGGUGGUUAUUAUGGCACAUCCAAUAUUGAUGGUGUAUCUUUAUCAUUGAAAGAGAUUUACUACUAUGAUAUGGUUGGUAAUAGGUGGCUUACAAGGGUUACUACUGGUAUAAUUCCUUCUGAUAGAGAUGCUUUUUCUGCUGUUCUUGGAUUGGAUGAACAACAGGUGAUUAUUUUUGGAGGAACUAAUUCUCUUAAUAAUCUCAAACCUCAGGAUACUCUUUAUGUAUUAAAUUUAUUAAAUUAUGAAUGGAGCAUUCCAAAAGUUUCCGGAACAAUUCCGGGUUCUAGAUAUUGGCAUGAAGCAAAUGUAAUUGGAAUAUAUAUGGUUAUAUCAUUUGAAUAUAUAUGGACAAACUAUUUCGAUCCUAUGACCAGUCCUUCAAAAUCAAAUGAUCCCACUCCACCAACUGAAUCAAAUGAUAAAUCCGCUACUGGCACACCAUUAUCUGUUAUAAUUGGUGUAACUAUAGGUACAUGUGUCGUUGUUAUUUCUCUAUUACAUGGAGGCUAUUACCUGUAUAAAUGGCUUAAAAAUAAAACGGAAAAUAUAAGAGCUAUACCAACUCCUGGAAGUGCAGGUGAUAACAAUUUUAAUCAUGAAGCUUUAGCAAUUCCUACCAGAAGUAGUGUCUAUAAUCAUGGCCAAGAAAUAAUUCCAACACAAGAAAACUCUUAUUAUUAUGGAUUGCAAUCGUCAUCGAUACCAAGAAACUACUAG